GUCGGGUCACCGAGGACAACGGUUCGGGCUCGGCUGGCGAGAUGGGUCGGUCAGUUGUCCGAGCCCCGAACUGUAUAUAUGUGUGUGUGCGUGUGGCUGCUUGAAUUCGGAUGGGUGAAUUUGGAUAGAGGGGUGGUGUAUGGUCUGCGGCGGUGUGUUGAAGUGGGGGUUAAGCUAUUGUUAUUUUAUUGUUUUUUUUUAGGGGAUGGGGUGGUAAAGUUGUGCUGCUACUAUGGGGGAUGGGCUCAUGGGGACAGACCAAACUUUAACCACUUCACCGGCUUCACUCAUUCGUCGCCGCUCUUCUUUCUCCUGCAUUCCUUAACUUUACCAAAAACUACUUGGUGUUUUUUUGGGGAGGGGGGUGCGGGGUUUUCCUCCCAAUGUGCUUAAUUUGAAAAGUCCCUGCAGCGGUUUCUUCGCCUAAUAUCACGGUGUCCUGUCGGUAAACGGGUUAAGAUUUUACAGCCAAGCCCCUUACUUUCCUUUCCCCUCCUCUCCUCUCCUCUCCGCUCUCGCCAUGCCGGAUCCAUCCGUCUGUCUCGCCCACAGUUGCAGCGCAUUUGUGUCCCGGGAUGACCUGUUGAUGUCGGCUAAAGAUGGAGUACCAGUAUCGCCCUCCGCUAUAGACCCCGCUGUCCUCUCCGGUAAAAAAAAAUAACGCUAAAAUAAAUAAAUGUUCACAUCGGAGUUCAGCCAAGUGAACAAAGCCUGUGUGGCUAAUAGAGUCCCAUUUUUGGUGGAGAUUUAAUAAAUAAUUUAUUCGCUGUGAUAUAUCAUAAGCGACAUUUUGGAGGGGAACAACGCGUGUCUGUCCCGUAUCGGUAGCUGCCAUUCGGCCGGAGGAGGAGGAGGGAACUCGGUCUGAACGGACAUCACACCGCGCUGGCACGGAGAGAGGGGAGACGGGGAUAGCGCUAAACUGCUGAAUAUUUUAUCCCCUCGACUAUUUUUGUGGCAGAUUUCGUGUCCCCGCUUCCUCGGACGAUAAACGUGUGCGUGUCGGAUGGGAGUUGAAACCGGGGUUGGCAUACAAGAUAAAGAAGAAGAGCUCUCUUUUUGUCCCUUUUCCGCUGCCGCCCCCUCCCUCCCUCCCUCCAACACACCGGCCCGGGCCAGCCGAGGACUCCCAAAUCCUACCGGGCAUCGAGGCUGGCACACGGCGGGGCACCGACAGCUCUCUGCCCGCUCUGACUUGCCCUGCUGCCCCGCUAGUGGCGGGCUCUUUCCCUCCCGAGGCGUCUACCGGCGAGACAUCGGCUCUGCUAGUCUUUCAUAUCCUGUGGUGCUGGGCAGAGCGUUAUGGCUCAGACGCUGCAGAUGGCGAUCCCUAACUUUGGCAACAACAUCCUGGAGUGUCUGAACGAGCAGCGGCUGCAGGGCCUCUACUGUGAUGUCUCCGUGGUCGUCAAGGGGCACGCCUUCAAGGCCCACCGUGCGGUGCUGGCAGCCAGCAGCUCCUAUUUCCGGGAUCUGUUCAACGCCGGGGGGAAGAGCUCGGUGGUGGAGCUGCCCCCGGCCGUGCAGCCACAGAGCUUCCAGCAGAUCCUGGCCUUCUGCUACACGGGUCGCCUCAGCAUGAACGUUGGAGACCAGUUCCUGCUCAUGUACACUGCUGGCUUCCUCCAGAUCCAACAGAUCAUGGAGAAAGGCACAGAGUUUUUCCUCAAGGUCUCCUCUCCAAGCUGUGACUCCCAGGGUCUUCACACCGAGGAGACCCCACCCUCCGAGCCUCAGAGCCCCGUCACUCAAACAAUGGGUGGCGGCGGAGGAGUCGGCAUCGUCGCCCCCGCCGCGGGAAGGCCCGCCUCCUGUCUGACGCCACUCCCUCUGGUGUCCAAGGUGAAGACGGAACAGAUGGCCUCCACACCUCCUCAGCCCACCCCACAGCCGCAGCAGCAGGAGGGCUCUCCCUACUCGGUGGUCUGCACCCCCGUGGCCAAGCGUCUGUGGGAGGGGGGCAACCGUGACAGCGGUGGCGGGUCCGGAGGGGGCGGGGGAGGCGGGAUGAGGAAGGCCGCACGCUACUCUUCCUCCUCCUCUUCAUCUUCCUCCUCCAACAAUGCUACCCAGGAUGCCUCUGGGCGCGGACCUGCGGCCAACGCUGCCAUGUUGGGCGGCGCCGUCGGUGGCGUCGCCACUUCAAUGGGAGGAGCUGGACUCAACAGUAACCAUAACAACCACAACAACAAUAACAACAACGGCGGGACCCCCGAAGGCACGAGCCCGGGCACACUGAGCAUGUAUACCAGCGACUCGCCAAUCAGUUACCAUGACGAUGAGGAGGAGGACGACGUAGCGGACGAGAGCGCCGAAGAGCAGUACAGACAGAUCUGCAACAUGUACACCAUGUACAGCAUGCUGAACGCCGGAGCAGCAGUGGUCGGGGAGCGGGUGGAGGCUCUCCCGGACCUGGCUCCAGACUCGGGCGGCGGGCGGGGUGGGCGGGGCGGGCGGUCCCGGCAGGACCUGGCCUCGCUGCCUGCUGAGCUCAUCAGCCAGAUCGGGAACCGCUGCCACCCGAAGCUGUACGAGGAGGGCGACCCGGCAGAGAAGCUGGAGCUGGUGAGCGGCACCUCCGUGUUCAUCUCCCGCGCCCAGCUCAUGAACUGCCACGUCAGCGCCGGCACCCGCCACAAAGUGCUGCUCAGACGCCUGCUGGCCGCGUUCUUCGACAGGAGCACUCUGGCCAACAGCUGUGGAACUGGCAUACGCUCCUCAACCAACGACCCCAGCCGUAAACCUCUGGACAACAGAGUGCUGCACGCUGUCAAAUUUUACUGCCAGAACUUUGCGCCGAGCUUCAAGGAGAGCGAGAUGAACGCCAUCGCGGCCGACAUGUGCACUAACGCCCGCCGCGUCGUCCGCAAGAGCUGGAUCCCCAAGCUCAAACUGCUGAUGGCCGACAGCGACGCCUACUCCGCCUUCCUGGCCGACAGUGUGAAGAUGGAGGCCGACGCACUGGGGGCGGAGCAAGGCUUUGACCCCGCCUCCCUGGAAGCGGUGGCUGCAGCAGCCGCAGCGGCCGCCAACCACAACGACGCGGGGGGCGGAGCCACGCAAGCAGACACCCUCCAGGCAGGAGGAGGAGACGGCAGCACUUUGUUUUGAGUGAGUGGACGGACAGAUAGAUGAGUGGACAGAUGGACAGAUUGAUGGAGGGAGGGAUGCCAUCUCUCUGGGGUGAUGAGUAGAGAACGGUGGCCACUGUGGUCGAGAUGACGGUUGUCACUCCUCCCCUAGCUGCCAUGUGUUUGGGGAUCUAUUUCUUCUUUUACACCUCUUUUGGUCAGUUUGUUCUGCUUUCCCUCCUUCGUUUGUCCACAUUUCUGUCUCUCUCGAUGGCCCAGAAUGCCUCACUUUGGGUUGUUCCUCCUUCCUUUCCUGGUGGGGAGAGACAGAGAGAAAGGUAGCAGAGAGAAGAGGUUGACAAUUAGCCCCCCCCACACACACCUCUUCAUCCCUCUGCAACCUUUCAAGACCUAUUUGUUUCAGCCUUUAUUUUUUUAUGUUUUUAAAAAGCGUGUACUGUCACUAAGGCCCUUUUCUUACCAUAAUCAAUCACAGACAUUCCCCGGGGAGGGGGGUGGGAGGGAGGGGUAAUCCUGUUUGGAGAAAGUGAUAUUUUCCUUCCUCAAACUCCGGUAACACUGUUGUUUUUGAUAUUGAAUGUAUGCGUGGCGAAGCAUCCGAACCGCAGCGUUGUAAGUCAGUAGAGGUUGAGUGAGCUUGUACAGAGCCCCUUUUUUUACUUGUUUAUUUUUUUUGUUUUUGCUUUUAUUAAUGAAAGCUUCUCUGAGAGCGUGGGACUGAUGAGGUCAGGGGUUGAAAUCAAUAUUGAUAUGUAUAUUGGCACGGUUUAUGAUCUCCCCCGACCUCCGCCCGACCGCACCAACCCUGCUCUUUAACCCCUGCCGGGCAUGCUGGGACUCACCAGCCUUCAGAGAUGCUGGUGAUGUCUGACUGACAGUGUGGUGGCAGAUGGUAAAAACUAAUAUUUACUUGACUAAAAAUCCUUUCCCCCCUCAGCCUCCCCCACUCUUUUUAUCCUAAAAGAGCAUUUCUGUGUUUAAAUUCUUAAUUUUUUUCCUUUUUUUGUGUGUGUGUUUUUGCCAAGCCUCCUGAGAGAGAGGAAACUUGUUACCGAUGAUUGUUUGCGCGUGAUAAAUGCACUGUGUUAAUUCCUGCGGUAUGAGUACAAUCGAAUUACGUUUUUGUACGUAUCAGAAAGAGAAAAGAGGGGUGGUUUUAUUUAAAAAAUACUAAAAAAAAAAAAGAGAAAAAAUACAAGCUGGAAUCCAAUUUAUAUCGAUGGUUAUCACCCAUUUUUUUUAAGGAAAAGUCUGAAGGAAAGUCAAGAAAUAUCCAAAAGCGAGUUUCUGCCUGUGAGCUUAGGAACGACUUGUGUGUGUGUGUGUGUGUGUGUGUGUGUGUGUGUGUGUGAGGAUAUAAAAGAGAUGUUCUUUUGUUUUCAGCUCAUGUUUAAAUUGUUUCCCUCAGAAUAUUCGCAGCCACACCAGUUAACAGAACAAGUUUCCUCAGGCUCUGCUGCCUGGCUGCGUGCUCGCCUGGCAUGGACAAAGGUGCUAAUUCAGGCAUUGGUACAUUGCUAGGAAUACAGCUCUGUGUGUGUAUGUGUGUGUGUGUGUGUGGGGGGGGGAACGGCCACACAGUUUUGUGUGUGUGUGCUGCAGCAGCAGAGAGAGAGAGCGGGAGGCCAGACGGUGUGUUUUCACACACGCUUGGUCGAUUCAUUCACCCAUCACUGCGGUGAGCACACACACACACGCUAAUACGCAUUUGGGCGCUGUCAGCCGCAUCAGCUACAGUACACCAAAGCAGCAUGGGAAUUAAAGGGGAAUUACACUGAAGCAGAGCUGGGAGGCCGUUGUUGUUCGUCACAUGUAAGCAUUCACUUUAAAAUUUAUGUUUAACGUGGGAUGUGAUGGAAGAGGUGAAGUGUCACUGCACUGGCUGAAAGUUUUGCUUCCUUGGUUUGACAGUUAAUUCUCUGUCUCUGUGUAAAGUCUAUAUAAUUAUCAAAAAGAAAGCUGCUAAAUUAUGUAAAUCAGAGAAGAACGUAGGCAUAGAAACAACCCUGAAAGUCGUAUUGCAGCUAUAGUCGCCUUUGAUACUUCUGCGGCUGAAUGGUAAAAAAACAAACGCAAAACAAGAUUUUUUUCUCUUUAGAAAAAUUGACCUCUAGAAUCACAAUAGAGCUGAAUGCACUCAUCAGCUAAACCCUUGAGGGCUUUCUGCUCCUGUUCAGUUUGAUGUUGAAUGCAAGGGCUCCAGGUGAAUGUUUUUGAUUUAGUGCCACUGAUAUUUUGGAGGGUUUCAAAUGCAUAUUCAAAUACUCAUCACACCAGAUUUUUAAUCUGUCAAUCAUGAGAUCAGCCCCAGACAGUUAGUGUAAAGGCCUGACACAUGUGCCUGUUUGGCACAGAGGAAUCAUUGGCCUAAUGAAAGCAGUAGUGUGAAUAACAAGCAAAGUUAGCCAACUGUUUAUACUCUGUUUUAUGUGUUACAGAUUACAAUGUGCAGCCCAUUAGUUUGUAUCUAAGAAUUCAACACAGCAGGGGUAGAACUAAGAAUAGUUUCUCCAUUUAUCCAGCGUAAUCGGUGACUGAUUUAAACACAUUUCAAAUCCUUUUUUAGGCUAAUGCUGUGGCUGAAGUAGACUGAAUUGUGUUUUUUACAAAUGAAGGACACAACAGGCGGCUUAUUGCCUCCCUCACACCGUAUUGAGACAAGUCACUGCUUUGUGGAUGUGUUCUGUUUAAGUGUGGUUGAGUCAAGACUUCAACUCCAGAUGGUGACUGUCAUGAAGUCUCUAAAUGUCAGACAGUUACUGGUCCCUGUUGCACGAGAGAAAUUUAAAUCCAAUCCCUCUUAAUUAUCAUUUUUAAUUUUGUACAGGAGGGCUCCAGACUGCGACCAAAAUUGUUGCACAUGCUAACACUUUAGUGUUACUUACUUUAGAGUUAAAAUUUAGCAAGCUCACACUCAUGCAGAUGCAUGAUUUCUAUUAUCAUCACAGCGCUUUAUGCAUUUGUACCGAGCAGUGUAGAACUUAAAAAACAAGCUACAAAACAAUCAAUUUAGCUGCUAUUGUGUUGCAAAACUAAAGGCAGGGAGAAACCUACUGGAUUUAAUACCAAGAGUACAACCAACUGGGAAUGUAGUCUGGAGCCUUUGUGCUCAGCUGGUAUUAAUAGAAGGAUUGUAUUGAUUGCAUUGAUCAAUACAGGGGAAAAAAUGAUUUUUUUAGGUGAAAUAAGUAAGUAAUGGAACAAAGGAAAAAUAUUUAGUGGCACUAAGUUUCACUCUGGAGCACUGAGUCCUGUGUGUGUGUGUGUGUGUGUGUGUGUGUGUGUGUGUGUGUGUGUGUGUGUGUGUGUGUGUGUGUGUGUGUGUGUGUGUGAGUGUGAGACAGCAUUCUGGCAAAACCGAUCCGAUUGGAAACAGACUUUGUUCUGUUGAAGGUUCUGAAUGAUGUUUAAAGUUUGGAGAAUUGAUUUGUUUGCAAGUCUGGAGACAUUUUGGAAUUUACAAAAAGCAGACCCAUAUCCUGUGUUGUGAUAUUGUCAUGUUAUUGUGCAGACAGACUGGCCUUCAGAUUCCAGCAGACACGAGUGAACACUCUGGUUCCGUUUGUUGGCCUGAAGUUUGUCUCUAAGCUUUGGUGGAAUAGGCUAAGCGUGUGUGAUAAGCAGAGGACACUUCAGCUGUGUGUUAUCAGCACAUAUUCAAUAUAAUAUUACUUUUGAAAUGAAGUGCGACGUUUGGAGCGUAGGGGGCAGCAGAAUGCCUUCAGUGUCAAAGGUGCCAUCAUCAGAGUGAAAAAGGGAACGCGUUUAAUUUGAAACAUAAUCCAGCUGUUACAUCCACAUUAAUAAUAUCUAAUUUCCUAUGUAUUGACCAUAUCAGAUGUUUAAUUUGCAUAUCUGCCAGGACUCUCAAACCAAAACUAUUGGUGCUUUAGAUUACUAUUGCUACAAAAUCCCCAGUGCGAAAAAACAUAUUGUUUUUGUUUUUUUAAGCGGCGUGAUAAUGCUGAUUAACACUUUAAAACCUAAACAAGACUUGACAUACACUGUAGAUUUGUUUUCUUGUAAACUAAUCUGACAUUCAUAUUUUUUUACUGCAUGUUUGGCCUGUUUUGGUGUUUUUUUCCCCCCUUUUUUAAACGAGAAGAAAUCUCAAGCACCUUAUUGCCAGCGUGGCAUCAGAAAUGCUGUGGUGAACUGUUCAAUGUCACAGUCACAGGAUAAUAAUAUUGAUGUUUGGACUGCUACACAGACACACACACACACACACACACACACACACACACAGACAUAGACCCUCAAGGUGUAGGGUCUGUCGUUAAACCGUCUCUUAAACGAAACACAGAAACGUCGCUGCACAAAAUCUGAACUUUGAAACAUCCCGGAGAAGAACCAAAAACAGCCUUUGAGGCGUCAUCUAACCUGUAUUGAACUGAACCCGUUUUGUAGACCAGUGUGAUUUAAAAAAAAGAAAAAAAAAGAAAUCUGCUUUUUACAGCCUGGCUUUUGAGGAAAAAAUGUUUACAUGACUAUUUGUUUUUUGUUUUUAUAUUUACGUGUAUAUCAAGUUUUUUAAUUAUGUCUUUAAAAAAUAAGGCUAUCGGUCAAAGAACCCUUUGGUCCUGAGACGAGCACCUAAAGGUCCUACAGUGAGAUGGUCCAACCCUCUAUUCUGGAGCGCAUGGUACGAUCCGUGGAGAUUAACCAAGUUCAAUAACUGAGGACGAGAAGAAGUAAAGAAAGAAAGAAAAGAAAGAAAGGGAGUAAUGGGUGGGCAGAGAGGAGGAGAGGGUACGGUAGAGAAGAGAGUUUGCACAUUUUGUUUUCCUAUUAAAAAAAAGUCUUUGUAUUCCAAUGAUUGUUUGAAACCGCCGCCUUAAAUGAGGAAAAAAAUUGAGAGCGAGAUAGAGAGGGAAGAAGAGGACAGUGUGAGCCUCCCUAGAGAGGAGGAACGGAUGAGGAGGGAGGGAGGAGGAGGGGGGGGGGUGUUGGCUGGGACGCUCAGAUGAUUUGGUGUGGAUGCAUGCAUGCAUACUGGUGUGUAUGUGAGUUUGUGUAUGUGGUGGUUUUGGGAGCUUGUUUGUAAAGGCUUUGUGUGUGUGCAUCUGUGGGCAAACAUAAUGCGUGGGUGUGUUUUCAAUGUGUGUGUGUGUGUGUGUGCAUAUUAAUGUAUGUAUGCAGUUUUUUUCCCUCCCCGCUCGUUUCCCUCCAUCUCCAUUUAUGGCAUGUUAAUGUCUGCCUCACUCGAAAGAGCUUUUGACAGUGGUACAGUGUGUGUGUGCAUCUGUGUGUGAGUGUGUGUGUGUGAGUAAUGCGCAUGCCUAUGCCAGGCUGGGUCUGCGUCUCGAUCUAUGUGCUGCAUACGUGUGUGUCUGCGCAUGUCUGUCACUGUGUGUGGGUGGUUUGGGUGCUCAGCUCUGCAAGGUCUGUAUAUAUGUGUGUGUGUGUGUGUGUGUGUGUGAGUGGGUGGUAUGUGCAGAGAGGUUGAGAUGAGUGGCUGUUUGUUUUUGUCUGCCUCACAGAGCGCCAUAGCUUUCUUUUUUUUUCUCCCCUCAGCCAUACACACACACACACACACACACACACACACACACACACAUCUGCAGAGUCACAUAUCCACAUCACAGUCUAUACAUCUGUGCCAUAUCAAAGGUGCAGAUGUACUUUUGCGGCUGCACCGAGGACGAGCGUUUUUACAUAAAAAUCAUGGAAAUGUAAAGUCAGACAAAGCAGAUCAUGAGCACUUCUCUUUCACACUCCCUCCUAAAAUAUCCUGUUUCUGCCUGGUUAAAUGUCCUGCACUCCUGCAUGGGACAGCAGCACAACUGCAGCCAGGACACUGACACUCUCCUCCCUCACUUGUCCCCUUGUCCCCCCCCCUCUCUCUGUUCUCGCCUGUCUCUCACUGUUUGUCUGUUUUCUUUGUUUACAUUUCUCUCUGUCUCUUUAUGUAUACAUUUCUGUCUUUCUUCCUUAUUGUCCCCCUAUGUCUCCCUCCCUCUUCCUAUGACACACACACACACACACACACAGUAAGCAAACUAAAUAGUGUCAGUCCCUUGUCGCUUCAUUACGUAAACCAUCAUUUUCUUUCCACCGCUGCUUCAUUUGUGUCGACUCCAUUUUCUUCAUAGAAUGCAAAUCCCUGCCAAACUCUCACCCCUAUAUCUGUGUAUCCCCUUGUGUGUGUGUGUAUGCAUGUGUGUGUGUGUGUUUCUGGGGCUGAGCGAUUGCUGUCUGCCACAACAGAUGGGGCUGCCAAAUAUGUUGCUGCAUGAGUGUGUGUGUGCAUACAUGAGAGCUAUUCGGAUGCAAAUAUGCAGAUGAAUGGGUGUAGGUACGUCUGACCGGGCACAUCAGUGCUGUGUGUGUGUGUGUGUGUGUGUGCGUGUGCGUGCAGCCCACCCCCCUCUCAUGAGACACUGUGUGAUUUUUGUGUUUACUGCACCUUUUUAAUAAUCAGAGGAUUGAUGAGGAAAAGUCUAUCUGUCCCUGUGUUGCCCUGGACAAAGAAAAUGUCCACAUGAGAGACGCAGGCAAUCAUGACGCGAAUAUCGACCAGACUGUUAAACCAAGUGACCAAGUGGGGUUAAAAGAAUAAUUAUAAUCAUCCUAGACUUGAGCAGUGAGAGGAGGAGGAGGAGGAGGAGGAGGAGGAGGAGGAGGAGGAGGUGGUGCUGUUCUUCCUGAGGAGGAGAUGUUUGUUAAGAAUCUCCCAGGACAGAUGAGGCAUUGCGGCAGUCUGCCGUCACAUGAGCAAAGCCUCAAUCCAGACAAAGAGACAAGAGUGAGAGGAGAGAGAGGCUAAUGACAGAGAGGAGGAGGUGGUGGUGAUCGUCUCUCUCUGGCCCUGUGCCACCAAGAUAAAUACCUGGGUGCUUGUUUAUUUAUGUAGCGUGGCAUUUUGCAGAGGUGUGGGGUCGUGGGCUGAAUGAAUAAACGGCAGAGUUGCCUAAAUCCCCUCAAAGCGACCCCGGCAAGACAAGAACCCACUUAUUGGAUGAUAUCGCGGAUCCAGAUAAGGAAUAAAGCUUCGGAAACUUUAAGAUUUCUCCGGAGAACAAGGAAAAUGAGCUUUGAAGUUGAAAUUGCACUAAAUAUCUGUAAAAGAGUGGAAGAAAAAUGUCUUUUAUGUCCCGGGGAACACAUUUGGCUGAGCGUUUCACCCCACUGUCCUUUUAAGCACUGCGAUAUGAUAAUGUGAGGACAUUUUUGCUACAACUGUAGAGAUGAUUUGGCCUCGUUAGCAGUCGAUUUGCCCAGCUGUUGUCAGUGUGUGUAUAAUGGUGAACACCAGGCGAAAUGUUCCUCUGCAGUCCACGAUUGGAGGUCAGGAAAAACAAUGGAUUUCUGAAUUGGCAUCCCAAUAUUAAGGGCUAAUAUGGAUAUAUAUCAUGUUUAGUAGUACAGUGGUUCCCAACCUUUUGUGCUUGUGACUCAAAAUGUCAUGUCUAAACUGAGCUGUAAUGUUGCCCCUUGUUAGCUAAAGUUUUUAAAAGGUACAAAUUUGCCUUUUUUGCUAAGUCUUUUAUCGUAAUGGAUGGAAUAGGAUUGGACUGUUGGCCGAACAAGACAAGCAAUCUGAAGACAUCUUCAGCUAAGGAAAACUGUUGGAUAUUUUACUCGAUUCUUAGACCAAAACAGGUUUAGACAAAGUAAUCAAUAAGAAAAAUUAGCGUUGCUUUCCGCCCUAAACAUAUCCAGAAUUUAGCUUUAUAAUCUGGCGACCUCUUAAGCCUCCACAGAUGGUGCUCGAGCUACGAGCACACACGGAGGUGUUUACGUUCGUGUUGUUCCUUGCAGUAUUCUCCAAAACUCCGUAGGGAGUACAAACCAAAUAUUUUGUGUCUGAAGAAGUCUCUAUUUGAUCUAUUUGAAGAACAGGGCAGCCAUACCGGUUCCACUAGAAUGGGCGGGCCAACUUUGAUCACCACUCUUUCAAUGAGAUGUGCACAAAUUGUGUUUUACCACACCUUCCAGCAAAAUGCCUCCUCUUUUCCCAGCGCGGUGGCAAUCUCUUUCCAUAAAUUCAAGGCCAGUUGACUGUCCCUGUGGUCUCUACAUGAAGAAUUGUACAGAUGAUUGCACAGGCACAUUUGCUCGCCCCAGUCUUCCCAUGAAGGUGUCUUCCCGCAAAAGCGCAGCUGAAGGAAUUAGGAGGUGCAGUGUUGACUUUCGGAGCCUUUACGCUCAGAGGAAAAUGUCCCAUUCUACAGUGAGCAUAAACAAUCCCAUGUGGGGACGCCACAGGUAGGGAACCACUGUAAUAGAUUUUGACCCCAGUGUUGUCAAGUCAAAAUGUCAAUCAAGAUAGAUGUUGACGGUUUUGUCAUUUUGAGAAGUAAUUUUUGUCAUUGUGCAAGAUUUUGAAAAGAAAAGAAUGUAGGAGUUGUGAUUAUGGAGGGUUAAGGCAGAUGCAGUUUUGGCAGAGUUUCUUGUCCCAAGUUUCCACCGCCUGUCAGUGUUUGGCCUCAGAUGUCGACCGGAGGCACCGGGGCUCCGACAGGUUUUCACAUCAACAAAGACAUUUCAAGAGAAAUUCGUACUUCCAACGAGCACAGCAAAAGGGAUAUUUUCUUUAAUAUCUGUCUUUUUUUUAAUUUCCUCUUUGAUUUGUAGGAAAUGUUAGGAGUCGGUAGCUUGAUGCUACUAAGAGAGAAUGGUUUCCAUAAAGAAGUUUUGAACACUCCUCUGCCCUACAAAGAACAAAAACUGAAACUGAACAGUGAAACAUUCCUGUGACCUUUGACCUUUUAGAGAUCAUCACUGGUUGCAGCUUUUGCUUCUUUAUAGGGCAGCUACGCCUGAGCACACUUUUAUGACUAAAGGUUGAGCGGGGCCAGAGCAGACCUUAUUGUUAUUAUUAUUUUAUAUUUUUUUUUGUCAAAGCGCUAUGAGUUUGGUCGCGCUUUUAGAAGAGCUUUGUACACAUUUCAAACUUUCUUUUAAAUUUUACAGUUUUUGUUUUUCUGUUGCUAUUGUGUGUUUUUGUUUUCUACAUUUGAGCUAGUGUACUGUAGUCCUUGAACGUUAUUUUUAAGACAGAUGCUACUAAUAAGUCAACAUUAACAACCUGUACGUAGAGUUGCCAAGAUGUGUAAAAAAUUACAAAAAGAGAAUAGUGGAGACAUGUUAGCUGUAAAAUAGUUUAGAGAAAGAGAACCACAUAUUUUUGCAUUGCGAUUGUUGUAUGACUGAGGUGCUGCGGACGAGAGGGAAAAGGUUUUAAUGCUGGACCAGAUGUUUGGUUUUUACUGUACUGCAGCUGCUGUCGGGGCGGGGUCGGGGACUGCAGACUGACGGACGGAUGGACAGUCGAAGCGAAUAAAACACUGUUGGGCUCACAUCAUUUUAAGGCUAUAAGUCUGAAUGUCUGUUUAAAAAAAAUCUCUUCAUGGAUAAAAUCCAACUCUCCAUUGUCUUGUGACGAUAUAAAUACAUUUCUCAGCCAAGUUUGCAUCAACUUUCAUUAGAAAUCGACCCAAAGUAAGUUUACUUGACCUGGUUCUCGAACCAGCUUUUUCACAAAGAAUAAGCUACUGCUGCUUGAAUGUUUCUUUUUUACUUUAAAUGCCAUCUGGUGGCUAAACACGGCUACUGCAGCUCAGAGAAGGGGGGGCUCAGCAGCUGUCGUACCUGCCGACGCCACCAGAGGGCGAUAUAUCCCAAGAGGCAGUGAUCCUACACAAGCUACGAUUGUAAUUAAAGAGUCUCGAUCACUGUAUACAUCAGAGCACCUUAACAGCAGGCCGCCGGAGGCUUCUGCUGCUCAUUCUGCAAAUCCCAACACAAGACGCAAACCCGCCAAAACGCCCCAGCGCACGUGGGCCAAGAUGCCAAAUAAAGUUGUCAGUAGAUUGAAAGUUGCUGACAUGACUCCCAAAAGAAAAAAGAGCACCGCAGCUGUUUUUGUGCUUUGACUCGUCCAUCCAUGACUCUGUUUGUCUGUUUAUUAUCACUCCUGAUCUCCGUCUCGGCUGCCGAUCCACAGAACUAAAGUGACAAGGAGAGAGUGAAAUAAUCUUUAAAAUUAACAAAAAAAAGCACCUUUGGGCGAGCGCUCAACUGUCCCGGAGAGCCAAAGCCCUCUGCACCUUUCCGAGCACGCUCACUAUGUCACUUCCUGUCUGUGGUUUGGAUGCUGGAGUCAGAAGUGGGACUUUUGUUUGGGGGGGUGGGGGGAUCAAGAUGUAAUGUGAGGGUUCUUUUUGUAAGUUCCUUAUUUUUGUUGUUUUUAUCUUUUUGUACUAUUAUUCCCUUUUUUAUUUUGUAUGUUUUCUCUUCUCUAUGACAUUUGUUGUUUACUGUAAAAAAUAAUGAUGAUGAUGAUGAUGAUGUGCCCAAUCGACCUGUCUCCCUCCAGGUGGGAAGUGGGAGCAUAGACUGUGCAAACUCUCCUCUGCAUGGGGGUGGGGAGGGAGUUACAGGGGGAGGGGGGCGGGGAGAGUUCAGGUGGGUGAGGGGUACCAGGAAAAGGGUGAAGGUUGGAGUUGAUUCGGACAGGGUUCCUGCACAGAUCUGGAAAUGAAGUGAAAUCUUCUCAUUUCUAGGUCUUUUUUAAAAGAAUCCCAAAAAAUAACAACAGAGAAAUGUACGAUGACCCAGCAAGCAUUCGAUGCACAAUUGGUUAAGCUUCAAUCCAAACAAGCACAAAAACUCCCAGUGUGACCAAAAAUUCUCUUUAGAAACAGACAUUGACUGAUCAAAAUCAAUGAAGGAGUUGAAGACGGACGACUUUGAUGUCCUUUCCAAUCCAUCAACAUGCUUGUGGGGUUUCACUUGCACUGUCAUAUGUAUUACAUAGAAAAAUGUAUCAUCUGGUUAAUGGUGGUAUUGCUGUUUUAAAACUGUCAGAGGAAAAGUCCACCCUCAAACACUUGAACACGUGUUUGACGAAAACACCAGAAUAUGGGAUUUCUAAGUGAACAAUAGCUAUUUAGCCUAUUUUUUGGCCACUUGGGGGCACAUCAUCCAGCAAACAAAGAAUAUGACCAUUCAUUUUGCUUCUGGUCACUUGAAACUGAAGCUGUGUUUCCACUACAUGGUACAGCUCUGCUCGACUCAACCUGGCCACAACCUCCAGGACUUAAAUGUGGAGGGGCCAAACACCGCAAUUCUUCGUCUGGCUCCAAAAGGAAGUGAAUCCUCAUUAACACCCUGGUUAAAACAGCCAACAUCACAGCAAAAAUAACCGUUCUGGUCUCUUUAACAAAUUCCCCCCUCAUUAGAUCUAUAAGGGGGGAAUUAAAAUAUGCAUAAUUAAGGGCGUGGCCACUCCGAGCUUCAUCUCGGCUCUUUGGAAACCUAUGGGUGCCGUCACAGAGACUACAUCCAUGUUUUAUUCAAUCUAUAGACUCUACUAAACUUUGGUACCAGGUCCUCUUCUUCUAUUUGGUUUUCCGCUGCAGAUAGUAUCUGAGUAGCGCCUCUGCACAACAUCUUCAAUGCAGCACUCUUUGGAUCCAACGCUGGAUCCUUUCAUCAGCAACAAAAGCAGAUGAUGGCGUAGUUUUGCAGUGUUUUAAGCCUCAGCCGAGGUGGUACCAAGAAAAAGUACCAGGUACCAUCCACAACUUUUGCUCAUGGAAAACCAAAAAAGAGCGAGUUCAGUCGAGUCGAGUCGAGCCGCACCAUACAGUGGGAAAAUGGCACAAUUCUAACACUUGAUACCAGAUUAACUUUUGGAAACAGAGGGUGGGUUUUUCCCGUGUAGGGACCCUGCUGGAAACCUGGAGGAAUGUCAGGAGUUGUGUUAAGCGUGCAAAAACUGGCUAAAACUUGAGAACAGAGGAGCGAGGGAAUCAAGAUCGUGAUCCUGAGGUGAAUCCUCAUCGUUUCUCUCCCUCUCCAUCCCUUCCUCUCCGCUCAGCCGCCUUCCUCUUCAUAUUCCUCGGCGCUGCUGGCCUGACCUCAUGACCCCUGGCCCCGACCUCUCCCCCUCUCGCGCUCCUCAAACUCUGCGCGUCUCUUUUCUUGCUGUCUGCAGGUCUGUAGUCUUCUAUCCAGAAACAUUUACUCCACUCUUUCCAAAAUCCCCACACACCAGAGACAAAACACACACUCACAAAUAAAUAUAUAUAUAUAUAUAUAUAUAUACUGUAUAUGUAUAAAUGAAUACAAAACGGGCAAACCUCUGAGAUGCAGAAGCUCGCGCACACACACACCUGCAGACUCUCAGGAUGUGUUGCAGCGAGUGUGUGCGUCUUCACGUCACUGAUGCAGUUUUAAAAAAGUACCAGUUUACCUCGGGAGCUCUCAGCCAUAGCAGACCUUAAUGCCCACAGAUAUCUCAGCGCUGCGAGCAGCUUCUGAACUGCUGUGGCUGCCGUUACAAAGCAGGUACAUACUUUUUUGUUUUUCAGGAACAAACCCGGGAGUCUCAGCAGAGCGCCCCUGGACCAUUUGAAUGCAUACAGCGCAGGGUUUUUUCAGAAACGGGACACACACCGAGAGUCCACGUCAACACAGUCUUACCUCAGAAUUGUACUACAGAGCGGGGGGGUGGGGCUUACAUAUGAUCAUAGCAACCGUGAAUGAUAUUUUUUAUUCCUUCUCUUCCUUGUCUCUGGUGUCGUUGGGUGAAAAAUACUCUGCAGAACUCUUCUUUUUCUCGUUUUUUCCACUAUAAAUAUAUAAAUAUAUAAACUGUACAUUAUGACAUAGAAGCACUAUCGAAGUUUGAUUGUUAGAUGUGCACUCGCAGCAUGAGGUAUUAUUCUUUAUUAUUCUUCAUAACCCAGAAAAAUGAAAAAAAGUGAAAUAAAAGCUUUUGGAGGUAAAGAAAAAAAGGAAAAAAAACAUAAACAAAAACAAGAACAAUGCAGUAGCGUCUACAGAUGUCAAAGAAAAUACCCGACCUCACCCCACCACACACACACACACACAGAUAAACACACACACACACACACCCCUUACCCCCACCCUGCCGUGUUACCCUGACCCCCCCAUCCAACCAAUCGCCCUGAAGCCCCUUUGCGCCACCCCCGCCCCCCUGCUCCGCCCCGUGUACAUGCCAGUGUUUCCCCCAUGUGUUCCAAGUGCCAAUAACUUUGUGAAUUCCUAACUGUGACCCAGUAAUAAAGAUAAUUGCACAUUAACUACUGUAAAGAGAAAAAGAAACCAGACUGAUUAAAAAUGAGGAAAAAUCUGAAUAUCUUAAUAAAAGGUUUUUAACAAACAGGACUGACCUUACUGAUGUGUCGGGUCUUUAUUUACCUGCAUCCAAAGUGACCUCACAAACGAGGUGUUUUAAAGGUAUAAUGUGUAACAUUUCUGCAUUAAAAUGUAUAAAAAUAAUGAACAAUGGUUGCCUUUUUAAAUUC